AUGAAUCCUUCCAAUCCGCCCCAAGCUGCUGAAUACGGCGGAGACGAAGUCUCCGCCAUCGUUCUCGACCCAGGCUAUUCAACCACUCGCGCUGGCUUCGCCGGUGAAGACGCCCCCAAGUCCGUCAUCCCAACAUACUACGGCAAGUACAACUAUGAGGGACAAGAGAGGCUAGUCUUCGGCGACAACAUGUUUGUCCAGCCGCGCGCGGGAAUUUCCGUGCACAAUCCGAUCGGCAAGGACGGUAUUGUCGAGGAUUGGGAUAUGGCAGAGAAAGUCUGGGAGUACUCCUUCGCCUCGCGACUCACUGCCACGAAGCCGGAAAACCCCUUUCACAAUGGAUUAAACGAUAUCUCUAGUGAAGAUCUGCCCGCCGAGAUGGAGAUUGAGACGGAUGAGAAGCCUCUUGCUGAUACUCCGCUGUUGAUGAGUGAGCCUGGUUGGAACCCUGCCAAGGCGCGCGAGAAGACUAUUGAGAUCGCUAUGGAGAAAUGGGGGACUCCUGCUUUUUACCUUGCGCGGAAUGGAGUUCUUGCUGCGUUCGCUUCCGGCAAAGCCUCGGCACUGGUCAUUGAUAUCGGCGCCUCCAACAUCUCCGUCACCCCAGUGCACGAUGGCAUGAUCCUAAAGAGAGGCGUGCAGCACUCCCCACUGGGCGGCGACUACAUCUCAUCGCAAAUCCGCGCCCUUUCCAAGACCGCCGUCGAAGCAGGCCAGCCACCCCAAGCAAACUACCGAACUUUCCCCGCAGACCGCGCCCCCGACGCCUCCUACCGUGCAUUGCAAGAAGAGCGCAUAUUGUCAGAAUUCAAAGAAUGCGUCGUGCAAGCCUGGCCGGGACCCAACAAACUCUCCGGACCCGGACCAACGGGGAUCUCGAACGAAGAGCUCGCGCGCAGCUCGCCGGGCCGUCCAUUCGAAUUCCCAGACGGAUAUAACCAGGUCUUUGGCGUGGACCGAUUCCGCGUCGUCGAAUCGCUGUUCGAUGUCAAGGCUGCUAUCCCGGAUCCCGAUUCGCCUGUACCCGCGCCUACGCAGGCCCAGACUUUGCCGGAGGUUAUUAAGGCUUCGUUGGCUGGUGUUGAUGUAGACAUUCGUCCUCAUUUGUUGUCUAAUGUUGUUGUUACUGGCGCUUCGAGUUUGGUGUAUGGAUUCACUGAGCGGUUGAACCAGGAACUCAUGUCGUUAUUCCCGGGUCCUCGUGUUCGUGUCUCUGCUCCCGGUAAUUCCUCUGAGCGUCGCUUUGGGUCGUGGAUUGGUGGUAGUAUCCUCGCUAGUCUGGGUACUUUCCACCAGAUGUGGAUUUCUAAGAAGGAGUAUGAGGAACAUGGUGCGAAUAUUGUGGAGAAACGGUGCAAAUAA